CAAAAUCUAAUGUUUUCGUGGCUGUAUUCUUUCCGGAGAUAAUUUGUAAACUCAUAGAGACCUGUUUCAAUACAAAAAAUUACGUAGUUGAUUGGCAAGAGCGACGCACUUCAGCAGACAAAUAUAUUUCGAUUUUUACAAGAUAUUUAAAGUUUAUUGCGGAGGCAAUGUGAAAGCAGUUCCCGUGGUGCCAUCGGUUCAAAAACGAAAAAAUAAAGGACCUUCGCGAUGACGCAACGACCGGCAGAGGAUGACCGUCGAGACGACGACGACGACGACGAUUGGCCGAUUAGCGAAAACGUGUUACGAUCGCUGUCCGAAGACAUACGACCAACGCCCGCCGCGGCCGUCUCCGGAAGCCGUGACGAGGUGACCUCGGACGUCCGACUGUGUUUGGCCGAACCGGUCGGGCCGACGGCCGAGACGACGCGGCGGCUACGGUUGCGACGGCUGCUCCUGUGCCGGCCGCCGCGGUGGUGGCCGGAAAACGGCCGCGGCACCGACACCGCGGCGGCGGUGGCCGAGUCCAGGCUGAUGCAGUCGCGUCUGAUGUCCGUGCCGUCCGCGUACCCGGCGAACGGCGAGUACUACUCCCCCGAAGCGGUCUCGUACGUGUCGCGGACGGUCGAAGAACUGUCGGCGGAACCGUUUACGGGGCCGGUCAACGUGUACACGUACACCGCCGGCACGGUGCGCUACGACGACGACGGCGGCCGGGCGGGCGAGUGCCGUCUUCACGGGUUCGCUGACCCGCGGGCCCGGGUGACCGUCGACUGCGCGCUGCUUGACGACGCCGUGCCCCGGCACCUGGCCACCGUCAAGAUGUACUGCACGCUCCGGCCGCCUCCCGCCGACGACCCGGGCCCUCCGGUUCUGGUCCCGCACCAUUUCCAAGAGUUUUCGUGCGCCGCCCUGUUCCGCUGACGCUGCACGUACGACAUUGUCGUCGCGUCGUAACGACGACACUCGAACCCGCGGAUUUGUGUCCCGGUCCACGAACGAGUGCUUUCACUAUGUACCGCGGUUACUAAACAUUAAAUUAUAUUUUUUUAAUAUUUUUUUUUCAACAUUGAAAUGCUUAUAAUACGAUCACAACUCAAAACUCUUCAUUAUUGUAUACACAUAAUAUAACUUACUGUAUAAACCUGUGUGUAAAUUAAAUCGACCAAGUCUGAAAUCUGUAUACAUUACCAAUGUACCAACAUGUUAUGUGUUUGUAAGACGGAGAUGACAAAUGCGAAUGUAGCGUGAUCUUGAGUAACUAUCAUUUCAUUUUUUUUCAUUUAAUAUAUAGAUGAAAAACACAGGAAAUAAAUAAUCUAAAAAUAUAACUUAAAUUACAAUUAUACAGAAAAAAAAGAAAAUAGUUAAACAAUUUCCGAAUUCGCUACAAUAAUUUUAUGUACCUAUAGUUUUAAUAAUUAACAUUUUUUUUUGUUGUAAUAAUUAAUAAAGUACUAUCCUAUGUAUUUCUUA